AUGUCGGAAGCUCGUCGUGAACGUCGCCCUUCCGUUGGUGCGCCCAUUGCAGACCUCCAAGGUCCUGUUGGACCGGGAUUUAGUCGCCCGAAGCACAAGCGUACUCCUACCGGCUUUGGUGCCGCCGAUAUUAAGAGUGUGGAAGCCAGUAUUCCUGAGCCGCUACGAGAGGCAUGGCUCGAAAAUUCCGUUUCUGAGUUCACGACCAAAGAGGAAUUCCAGAAAGAACUCGUGCGCCAUAUUGAGACAACGCUGGCUCGCUCCAUGUACAAUUGCGAUGAACAUGCCGCGUACUCGGGAACGGCCCUUGCAUUUCGGGAUCGACUCAUUAUUGAGUGGAACCGAACUCAGCAGCGUCAGACGCUGGCUGAUCAGAAGAGAGUUUACUAUCUCUCUCUGGAGUUUUUGAUGGGCCGUGCCUUGGACAAUGCUAUGCUUAAUGUAGGCCAGAAAGAGGCCGCCCAAGAGGGGUUGAAGGAUCUUGGUUUCCGGGUCGAAGACGUCAUCAGUCAGGAACAUGAUGCGGCUCUGGGAAAUGGUGGUCUUGGGCGCUUGGCGGCUUGCUUCCUGGAUAGUAUGGCCACACUCAACUAUCCGGCUUGGGGAUAUGGACUGCGCUACCGUUACGGAAUUUUCAAACAGGAAAUUGUUGAUGGAUACCAAGUGGAGAUUCCUGACUAUUGGCUUGACAACAACCCCUGGGAAUUCCCACGACACGAAAUCACUGUUGACAUCCAAUUUUACGGAACCGUCCGCAAGUACCAAGGUGAAAGUGGAAAGUUAGAGCACUCCUGGGAAGAUGGAGAGAUCGUCCGAGCAGUUGCGUACGACGUACCAAUUCCCGGCUAUGGCACCAAGACAACGAACAAUCUUCGACUGUGGUCCAGCAAGGCCAGCUCUGGAGAGUUUGAUUUCCAGAAAUUCAAUGCCGGUGACUAUGAAAGCGCCGUGGCGGAUCAACAGCGUGCCGAGACUAUCUCCGCUGUUCUCUACCCCAAUGAUAAUCUGGAGCGAGGCAAAGAGCUUCGUCUGAAGCAGCAGUACUUCUGGUGCGCUGCAUCUCUGCAUGAUAUUGUCCGUCGAUUCAAAAAGACCAAGCGAGCUUGGAGCGAAUUCCCCGAUCAGGUGGCCAUCCAGCUCAAUGACACUCACCCUACACUUGCUAUUGUUGAGUUGCAACGCAUCUUGAUUGAUAUCGAGGGUCUGAGCUGGGAUGAAGGCUGGAGUAUUGUAACCAAUACCUUUGGCUACACCAACCACACUGUUCUGCCAGAAGCUUUGGAGAAGUGGUCUGUUCCCUUACUUCAAAAUUUGCUCCCAAGACAUCUGCAGAUUAUCUACGAUGUGAACCUUUACUUCUUGCAGACAGUCGAGAAGAAAUUCCCCAAUGAUCGUGAGCUACUAUCAAGAGUCUCCAUCAUUGAGGAAUCUCACCCGCAGAUGGUGCGGAUGGCAUACCUGGCCAUCAUUGGAUCCCACAAGGUCAAUGGUGUUGCUGAAUUGCAUUCCGACCUCCUCAAGUCGACUCUUUUCAAAGAUUUUGUGGAUAUUUACGGACCUGAUCGUUUCACAAAUGUCACGAAUGGCGUCACUCCUCGACGUUGGUUGCACCAGGCUAACCCGGCCCUGUCUGCCCUGAUCGCAAAGAAGCUUGGUGGUCAUGAGUUCUUGACAGACUUGACCCUUUUGGACAAGUUGGAAGCUUUUGUCGAUGACAAGGAGUUCCGAGCUGAGUGGUCCCAAAUCAAAUCUCAGAACAAGCUGCGACUAGCCAGGUUCAUCCAGGAGACCACUGGAUAUAAGGUGAAUCCCAACUCUCUAUUUGACGUUCAAGUUAAGCGAAUCCACGAGUACAAGCGCCAGCAGCUCAACAUUUUUGGAAUCAUUCACCGAUACUUGAGCAUCAAAGCGAUGUCGCCUGAAGAGAAGAAGAAAGUGGUUCCUCGUGUUUCCAUUAUCGGUGGUAAGGCUGCUCCAGGUUACUGGAUGGCCAAGACAAUUAUUCACCUUGUGAACAAGGUUUCGUCUGUGGUCAAUCGUGAUCCGGACAUUGGAGACCUGUUGAAGGUCAUCUUUAUUGAGGACUACAAUGUCAGCAAGGCGGAGAUUAUCUGCCCGGCCUCCGAUAUCAGCGAACAUAUCUCCACUGCCGGAACGGAAGGUAGUGGUACAAGCAACAUGAAGUUCGUGAUGAAUGGAGGUUUGAUCAUCGGCACUUGCGAUGGAGCCAAUAUCGAAAUCACCCGUGAGAUUGGCGAGCAGAACAUUUUCCUCUUUGGAAACCUUGCCGAAGACGUGGAAGAACUCCGCCAUCGCCACGUCUACGGCGACUUCCAGGUUGACCCUCAGCUUGCAAAGGUCUUCGACGCCAUCAAGGGCGGCAUGUUCGGUGAUGCAAAGGACUUCUCAGCCCUGUCUUCAUCCAUCGAAGAACACGGUGACUACUAUCUUGUCUCUGACGACUUCAACUCCUACAUCACCACCCACGAGAUGGUUGAUGAGGCGUUCCAGAAGCAGGAUGAGUGGCUUGCCAAGUCCAUCACUAGCGUCGCGCGCAUGGGAUUCUUCUCGACGGAUCGCGUUAUCAACGAGUACGCAGAUAGUAUCUGGAACGUUGAGCCUCUCGUUGUCGAGAAAUAG